CUCACCUGCCUCCGACGCGGCACAGCUCACCCCACUCCUCCCGGCCCGCACGAAGGCUCCAGGGUCUGGAUCCGGCUGCAGGAUGCGGCUGCUUUUCGAGGCAGCGGUUCUGUGCCUGACCCUGGGCUUGGGGCACGGCACCGAGGACACGACGCAGGAGAACGCCGCCCAACAAAGCUCCUCCACGGAGUCGUACUUUCCAGAGUGGGGCAUCGGGGCCAUCCGGGACAGCUUCGAAACCGUUAACAGCUACUUUGACUCCUUCUUGGAACUGCUUGGGGGGAAAAAUGGCGUUUGUCAGUACAGAUGUCGGUAUGGGAAGGCUCCAAUGCCGCGACCUCACUACAAGCCCCAGGAACCCAACGGCUGCAGCUCCUAUUUUCUGGGGCUCAAGGUACCCCAAAGUCUAGAUUUGGGCAUCCCCGCCAUGACCAAGUGCUGCAACCAGCUGGACGUUUGUUACGACACCUGCGGGGCCAACAAGUACCGCUGCGAUGCCAAGUUCCGCUGGUGCCUCCACUCCAUCUGCUCCGACCUCAAGCGCAGCCUGGGGUUCGUCUCCAAGGUGGAAGCUUGUGAAUCCGUCGCAGACACAGUGUUCAACGCCGUCUGGACCCUGGGCUGCCGGCCCUUCAUGAACAGCCAAAGGAGCGCCUGCAUUUGCAGUGAGGAAGAACGAGAUGAACUGUGAGGAAGAGCAGAUCCCCUGGCCUCCAGCAGCCUGCUGCCAAGCGUCCCCUCUCUGCACAGCGCCUUCUAUCAACCCUCGGGCCGGGGGGACCUGGGCCGAGCAACACGUGUUGGCUACAGCUUUUGGGCAGAGGCUGCCAGGGAGGAGGCAGCCUGUGGAAACGGGGCAGCGAUGCCUGCUGUCCAGCGCAGCCGCAGCUCAACAGCCCUGGCCCUUUCCAAGUCCAUCAGCCUGAACGGCCUGAUGCCAAUUUUCUCCACAGACUGAUGAGGAAGGGCAAGCAGGAUGCAGCGAUGGUUGUAAACGAGGGGAUCACUUGUUUGCCUUAGCAUUGUAUUAGCACCCCCUGCCCCUUACCUUUCUAAAUCGCAGUGCGAGGCACGAGGCUUCUGCAGCCCCCCGAAGUCCCAGUCCAUGGCCACACUAUUCACAUUUUCCCACUUCUGGUGACUGAAGGAGGGGGGUAAUUUGCUCUCGGUAUAUUGCUCACGUCCAUCCCUGACUUUCUCCAUCCUAUCGUUACACGCCCUGACAACCCUACUUAUUUAAAUACUUGGUAGAUCCUAAAACAACUGAAAAUAUUCAAGGACUUGGUAAGAACGAGAAGGACUCGCUGUGUUUGUGGCACCGACACGUUUUGUUUGCAGUAACACUCAGUGUCUCUUACACACCUACAGCACUCUGCCCGUCUCAAGAGAGGAAGCUGCUUUUCUUUUUGUCACCCAGACUGCAGCUGUUUAGUUAUUUUCUUCCUGUAUCAUUUAACAAAGCUAUUCCCUUCAGAACCCUUUUGCACACGAAAUGGCUGGGUAUCCACCUCCAUCUUCUGCACAAAGGCAACAGGAGGCUCACAGUUGUCUUGGAUGAGCUUUUCCAAAUCCUGGAGGCUUAUCUGUCAGAUGGCAGGGCUUAUUGCUACCUCGGUGGGGCAGAGACGCUGCCAGCUGAAGAGCGAUCGGCAGUUUCAGACAGCACCCUUUUUAAAACGUGGUUAAUACUUCCAUCUGCUAUCGGGAGCUUUUAUUGCGUGUAAAAUUAGAAUUUAAAGCGGUCUAUGGAAUUUCAUCUACACGCAACAUUUGCAGACAGCUUUCAUCUGUGUUUCUUGUUGAAAGGAAGUCGCUAUCGGGUGUGCGUGCCGUGCCACAUAAAUACUGCAGUGUCUUCUGCAAACAUAUUUAUGGUUCUGUUCUUCCAUCUGUCACAGAAAAGUUAAGGAUACAGAAGGGUAAUUUAACAAGGAUGGAAAGAGUCUGUUUUAGUUACCUUUCUUCUAGUCUGCAUUUAAAUGGAUGCACGGCGCUAUAAAUUAUUUCAGCCCUGUAUUCCUGUUCUUGCCAGUCAUCUUUGCUUUACUGCUAAUAGGGACUGCAACAAGACCCAACGGUAUGGAAAUAGGGAACCACAAGUGACUGCAGGAGGUGCACCGGGAUGUCUUCAUUAAGGAGGGCCUGAAUUUACACUCACCAGGUGUAAUGGGCUCCUUUCCUAGCUGUGCUAAUGCCACUGGAGAGUGAGGACUGUGCUGCCAAGCUUCAUUGCAGCGUGGCCAUCAGAGCACGGGACUGGACACUGAUUAUCUGUCUAAGAAAUACAUUUUUUUUUCAAGGGACAGGAAGGAAACAUUCCUGAUUCCAGACACUUCCCAAGCUUUGCAUUCUGUUGGUGAAAUUGCUCCUGUUGUCGGUUCUAUAUGGGAGCACACACUUAUGAUUAAAUGACACAGUUUUAAAAACCUAUCUUGUCUAAUCCCAAUAGCCUGCUACCAGAUUAAAGCCAGGCCAAGCAACCGGUGAUGGAUAAUGACAUACACUGAAGAUACUGGAGGGUUCCGAAUGAAAUCUCUCUGUCCACACACGGACACUUUGGAGCCACAGCUGAUAUAAAUCAUAACAUCUUUGUGCUUCCAGACUGCCGUUCAUUCAAAACACUACAGGCUGCUGCAUGCGGGGCAGCUACAAGCAGCACGUUUCACAACAAAGUUAGGCUGUGGCGAUCUGAAAAAUCCCCCAAGCAGCUCUACAAGGAAACUUAAAACUUCAAGUAAUGGCAGUGACUCACGAAAACCACCAGAUAAUCCUGCAUAGGACAGAAAUGGUGCGUAAACUACGGUAAAACUUCUGCAGCUGAGCUAGUAACCGCUUCCCCUGCUUGCUGCUCAUGCUCCUCAGCGGUGUCCAGCUGAGGUCCAGCUUGGGUCAUCUUCAUCUCCACCCUGCUCUGAACAGGACAAAGAUACCGUGCUCACCCGCUGACUUCCUGUUGACUCUGCGUUUUGGCAGGAUCAUUUGCAACUCUUGCUGACGUUCAGCCCGCUCGGUCAGCGUGCCCUCUCCCAGGGGUGCUGCCUCAAAGUUGAACUCUACGUUUCCACCGAGGACACGAAGGCACGACUAGGAAGGCAGGUACCUGGUGUCUCCUCCUGGACACCUACCGUCUGACUAUCACUUUGCAUCCUAUGACAGGACGAGGCGGUGCCAGCCGAAUCCCAGCCACACGUGUCAGGCAGCACCGAUGUGGCUCGGAUUUGAACCAUGGCUGGCAGUUGGCUGGACCUUCAGGAGCACGGCUGCCGGGCGUCUCGCACACUCAGUGCCUGCUUGUGCACUGCCUUUUGUUUCCACUCCGUGGCGUGGCUGAUAAAAUUAAAGAGAAAAGCAAAUCCCUUG